AUGUCACACUAUGAGAAUGAAGAGAAUAUUUCAGAAUUCUACGACUACGAUAGCCUUGAGCCCGAAUGGCCUGGAGUUGAAACAGAUGCUUUUAGUAUGGGGUUGAAUCCAUCAUACUGUGGAGUAGAUCCCAUGGUCCCACCAGAUAUCCUCACGCCCAUUAGUCUCCCUGACAGCUCAUUUCGUCCAAGCCCAGCCCUCAGUCAACAGGGGUAUGUGCAACAAGACUUUGGAUAUGGCAUCGGCGACUCUAUUCCCAACCACGGUCUAGGAAUCACUGGAUUAUUUCCUGUUGGUUUUCCACAAUCAUCAUCCACUCCAAGCGCCAACUAUGCAUAUGGACAGGAUGAGUUUCAUUAUACAAUUAAUGACUCUUCACGGCCGUCCCCGCAGAUACCGGCAGCAAAGCGUAUCAAGCACACUCCCUCUACCCAAUCUAGAACUCAGACAUCUGCACGUGAGCCCCUUGUCAACAUUGCUCCAGACCCAGAAGGUGUCCAGCGAAUGGAGUACGAGCGUUUAAACCCUAAAUCUCCUCCACUGCCAAUUCAUCCUCGGCCCCGCGCUCCGGGUCGUGGUCGUCGUGACCCACAGGCCGAGGAAGAAGAUGCCUUUGUGGAAAAUCUGCGGCAGCAAAACGUUGCCUGGAAGCAUGUGCGCGAGAUGUUCCUAGAGAGGUUCAAAAGGGACGCUUCUGAGGCACGGCUGCAGAUGAGAUUGCUACGUCGACGUAAGGAGAGGCUUGAGCGCUGGGAAGAUCACGAUAUUCAGCUUCUUGUCACCGCUCAUAAUAUAUGGGAGGAGGAAAAGUAUCGAUUUCUUGCAAACAAGAUGAAAGAGCUUGGUUCAUCAGAGGAUUAUUCACCUGAACAGUGCAAGGCACAGCUCCGACUCAUGGAGACUAAAAGGAAUCGUCGAGAAUUGGGAAUUGCCUCUCCGUCGGCCAUGUCUGACCCUUCAAAUUCUCCAUCUAUACCUCCUCCAGCAUCACCUCUGAUUCGAAAGGGAAAAAGAGCAUGGUCAGAGUCUUUCGAUACGGAGGAUUUAUAG